GUGCUACAAUUUUCAGCAAACGUAGUAUCCCACGUGUUCCUUCAAUGCGAGCCCCUGUUGAGGUGAGAUUCAAAAGAUUGCGCCCUUCUGCAACUGCUUGUGAACCUAACUACUGCUGACUGCAACAUUGUCAAAGACAUCAAUCUCAGCAGCUUUCAAAAAUCAUAAUGCUUUCACGAGACUGCAAGAACGCUGCUUUUCGAACCUUUUGGGAGGUCUUGUUGCAAAUAGCAAUAUUCUUCUCAGGAUCGCGCUUGCUCUUCAGCUACUUGAACUUUUCCUGCGAGACAUCAGCUGUCUCUCGAAAUCAUUGUAACAUGCCUGCAGGAUGGGUCAAUUCAUUUGGAGAGGACAUCUUCAGAGCAAAAAGCCACCGGGGUGAAAAGGAUUGCUACGAAGCAUCGUUUACUUUCACCAAAUCAAUCAGAUUGCUCGCACUGGAGAGCCCAGAAGACUGCACUACGGCUUGUUUCAGUCAUUUCAUAAAAUUGGGCGAGGCUGUUGAUGAUUAUGUGCUCACGCCCGACGGCUCCUAUUGUUUGACUACAAUCAAUGUUUGCUACAAAGACUCUUCAGCUACUCUGAUGAACGCUUGCUUCGCAGGAAAUCAGCUCAGUAAUUGCCCGGAAUCGCAAUGCAUUUGCACGACCGAUAUCUGGUUUGCAAGCGUCGUCAAACCCAUUAGAUCAGGGUCUGUCACUGUGCCUCCUGGAGAACAUCCAACUGUGCCUUUCUGCCAUCCAGAUGAGUUCGAUCGGUUCUUGAACAUUGAAAUCAAUCGCUUGGUCAUUAUUGAAAACCCAGAAGAAGAAUCUCUUUGGUUCAGUGUAGCUCGAGUAAAAAACUUUGCAAUUUCUUGCGAUGCAAACUUGAAAAGACGACAAGUGUCCGUCUCGGCUCAAAUUCAGCAAGUCAGAAGGCGAAAUACCGCGAUUUGCAGCUGCGUGCCGUAUCCGCAGGCAAAGCUUCCGCCCGGAAAAUAUCGGAACCACGAGUGCUUUACAAGCUCGAAGGUGCAGGUCUUCUCCUCGAACGUCACGGUAACAACACCAGAGGAUGCUGAGAGAGAUAUUCCACGUCUCAUCGAAUACCAAAUUGACGACUCGUCCCAAUGGAUUCCUCAACAUUACCUUUAGUACUGCUUGAAACAAUAGCAGCAUCUAAUGAGAUGUCGUAAAAACUUGAGCUUUACUAAGUUAUUCUCUUUCACAUUUGACAAUUGUGCGCUCCAACUUUUAAGUCCUGAGCAGAACACACGCUUAAGCCCUGUUUG